AAUGUCUUGUCUCCAGAGAUGUUCAAAGCAAGAAGACCUGAAGCAAAUCCACGCUCGCAUGCUGAAAACUGGCUUGAUGCACGAUUCUUAUGCAAUCACAAAGUUUCUUUCUUUCUGCAUUUCUUCAAAGUCUUCCGACUUUUUGCCUUACGCCCAGAUUGUGUUUGACGGGUUUGAUCGACCAGAUACUUUCUUGUGGAACCUAAUGAUCAGAGGGUUCUCGUGCUCAGACGAACCCCAUAGGUCCCUUCUCCUGUAUCAACGUAUGCUUUGUUGCUCAGCUCCUCAUAACGCGUACACUUUUCCGUCUCUUCUCAAAGCUUGUUCGAAUUUAUCUGCAUUUGAAGAAACAACCCAAAUUCACGCACAGAUCACGAAAUUUGGAUAUACAAAUGAUGUAUACGCAGUGAAUUCUCUGAUUAAUUCAUAUGCCGUGACCGGGAAUUUCAAGCUAGCUCACCUUCUCUUCGACAGAAUCCCCAAACCUGAUGCUGUCUCGUGGAACUCUGUGAUUAAAGGGUACGCAAAAUCUGGAAAAAUGGACAUUGCAUUAACGUUAUUCAGGAAAAUGGUAGAAAAGAAUGCUAUAUCAUGGACUACGAUGAUCUCUGGGUAUGUUCAAGCAGGCAUGAACAAGGAAGCUCUGCAAUUGUUUCAUGAAAUGCAGAAUUCAGAUGUUGAGCCUGAUAAUGUUUCCCUAGCUAAUGCUCUUUCAGCUUGUGCUCAGCUCGGAGCACUCGAGCAAGGGAAAUGGAUCCAUUCCUAUCUUACUAAAACAAGAAUCAGAAUGGACUCUGUUUUGGGUUGUGUUCUUAUAGAUAUGUAUGCAAAGUGCGGUGAAAUGGGAGAAGCUUUGGAAGUUUUCAAGAAUAUUCAGAAAAAAUCAGUACAAGCAUGGACAGCUUUGAUUUCCGGAUAUGCAUACCAUGGCGAUGGAAGAGAAGCAAUUAGCAAAUUCAUGGAGAUGCAAAAGAUGGGAAUAAAGCCAAAUGUGAUCACUUUCACUGCGGUUCUCACCGCUUGCAGCUAUACUGGACUAGUUGGAGAAGGAAAGUUGAUAUUCUACAGCAUGGAAAGAGAUUACAACCUGAAACCGACCAUCGAACAUUAUGGCUGUAUUGUUGAUUUAUUAGGUCGAGCUGGAUUGCUUGAUGAAGCAAAACGUUUCAUUCAGGAGAUGCCAUUGAAGCCAAAUGCUGUGAUAUGGGGUGCGUUGCUCAAAGCCUGUCGGAUUCACAAAAACAUCGAAUUGGGAGAGGAAAUUGGUGAGAUUUUAAUUGCAAUAGAUCCAUAUCAUGGUGGGAGACAUGUUCAUAAGGCAAAUAUUCAUGCUAUGGGAAAAAAGUGGGACAAAGCAGCUGAAACAAGAAGAUUGAUGAAAGAACAAGGAGUAGCAAAAGUUCCAGGAUGCAGUACAAUUAGCUUGGAAGGGACCACACACGAGUUUCUAGCGGGCGACCGAUCACACCCAGAGAUAGAGAAAAUUCAAUCUAAAUGGAGAAUCAUGAGAAGGAAACUUGAGGAAAACGGGUACGUACCAGAGUUAGAGGAUAUGCUGCUUGAUCUAGUUGGUGAUGAUGAAAGAGAGGCUAUUGUGCAUCAGCAUAGCGAGAAAUUGGCUAUUACAUACGGGUUAAUCAAGACUAAACCAGGAACCACUAUACGUAUAAUGAAGAAUCUCCGAGUAUGCAAAGACUGUCACAAAGUAACGAAACUCAUCUCUAAGAUAUACAAGAGAGAUAUCAUAAUGAGAGAUAGGACAAGGUUCCAUCAUUUCAGAGAUGGGAAAUGCAGUUGUGGGGACUACUGGUAAAAUUUGGAGAGGAAAUAAAACUUUUAUUGCUUA